AUGCUCCGUAGAACAGCUGGUGAGGUUCUCAGAAAAGGACCAAACGAUGUGGUUGUCCUCUCUGCCGUUCGAAGUCCCAUAGCUCGGGCCUUUAAGGGAGGUUUCAAAAAUUGUUAUCCUGAGGAGAUUUUGAUGCCAGUCAUGCAAGCGGCUGUCCAACGGGCAAACAUCGAGCCAGGCCAAGUUAACGACGCUCUGAUUGGCAAUGUUCUGGCCGAGUUGGGCUUCGCAAAGACCGGGCGCAUGGCCCUCAAUGCAACGGGCUUUCCCAACUCGACGACCUUCCAUACUGUCAACCGACAAUGUUCGAGUAGUCUUCAAGCUAUCACACAUAUUUCACACUCGAUUCUCGCAGGACAAAUCGAUGUCGGUCUCGGCGGUGGCGUGGAGAGCAUGUCUCGCAACUACGCGACCCGUGGAAUUCCCGUCGAUGUUUCCCUGACCCUGAAAGAGUCCCCAAUCAAAGAUGCACGAGACUGUAUUCUACCGAUGUUAAACACCUCGGAGAAUGUCGCAUCGCGCUACGGAAUCACUCGACGCGAGCAAGACGAGUUCGCUGCAGAAAGCCAGCGCCGGGCAAGCGAAGCACAGAAGUCCGGCCGGUUUGCCGAUGAGAUUGUCCCCAUUCGGGCAAGGCUCAUAAAUGAGGGAAUUGAUGAAGUGUCCUUUCACGUUGUAGAACGUGACGAAGGUGUCCGUCAUGGCGUGACUGUCGAGAAGUUAUCCACACUGAAACCGGUUCUGGAGCAUGGGUUGAGCACUGCUGGAAACUCGUCUCAGAUUUCUGAUGGGGCAUCGAGCACCAUUCUCGCUCGCCGAUCCUGGGCUGAAGCUCACGGCUUGAAGCCCAUUGCCCGUUUUGCCGGCACUCAAGUCGCAGGGUGUGCCCCAGAUGAGAUGGGCAUUGGACCUGUCUUUGCUAUCCGGAAUUUAUACAAGAACCUUGGGAUUGAGACGAAGGAUAUCGACAUUCUGGAGAUGAAUGAGGCCUUUGCCAGUCAGUCCAUUUUUUGCAUACGUGAACUUGGCUUUGAUAUGGCGAAGGUCAAUCCCAACGGUGGAGCUAUUGCCCUUGGGCACCCCGUUGGGGCUACUGGGGCCAGACAGGUCGCAACUCUUCUCGCCGAAAUGCAACGACAAGACAAGGAAAUGGGCAUCGUGAGCAUGUGUGCUAGUACCGGCAUGGGUGUUGCGUCACUGUUUGUGCGGGAGUGA